GCCCGGCUUUGCGCUGCGAAAGGCCGGACGGCAGCCCGGCGGCCGCGCCUGGGAGCGAGCGGGGAGGGACAUGGGGCACGGCGAUCGGCCGGGGCCCUGCAGGCUCUUGAGCCCCCAGGACUCUCUACUAGGCCCCCGCAACGCCCCCUUCUUCUCACCCGGGUCUCGGGUUCCUUCGUGAGCCAGAGCUUCCCAAGCCGCGUCCCUGACCAUGGCCAAUGGACGGAUCCCGCCGCCCGGGGGCGCCUCCCCGCUACCCCAGGUCCGGGUACCCUUGGAGGAGCCCCCUCUGAGUCCAGACACGGAGGAGGAGGACGAUGACUUGGGCAAGACUUUGGCCGUGAGCAGGUUUGGGGACCUCAUCAGCAAACCCCCGGCCUGGGACCCGGAAAAACCCAGCCGCAGCUUCAGCGAGCGGGACUUUGCGUUUCACCGGCACACAUCCCACCACACCCACCACCCGCUUUCGGCGCGCCUGCCUCCACCUCAUAAACUGCGGCGGCUGCCCGCCACUUCUGCCCGGCACUCCAGGAGGAAGCGGAAAAAGGAGAAGACCUCUGCUCCCCCUUCGGAGGGCACCCCUCCCAUCCAGGAGGAAGGGGCAGCUGGGGCCGAUGACGAAGAGGAUGAGGAAGAGGAGGAGGGAGAGGAAGAAGAGGAAGGGGAGUCUGAGGCAGAACCUGUGGAACCCCCAACCUCAGGGUCCCCCCAGAAGGCAAAGUUUUCCAUCGGAGGCAGUGAUGAGGAUGACAGCCCACGCCUGGCUGGGAGGGCCACCUUCGCCAGGUCGCUGCCUGCAGUGGGCCCACACCCUGACAAGAGCCCGCAGCACUUGGUCAGCUCCCCCAGCCCGCGAACCCGGGCCUCCCGGGUGGCUGGGGAGAAGACCCGGCCCUGGAGCCCAUCGGCCAGUUACGACUUGAGGGAGCGGCUGUGUCCAGGCAGUGCCCUAGGCAACCCGGGGGGCCCGGAGCAGCAGGUGCCCACGGAUGAGGCGGAGGCCCGGAUGCUGGGCUCUGCGGACCUGGAUGACAUGAAGAGCCAUCGACUGGAGGACAAUCCUGGCGUGCGGCGGCAUCUGGUGAAGAAGCCGUCCCGGGUGCAGGGUGGGAGGGGCAGUCGAGCUGGCCUGGCCCCCACGGUACGCCAGAAGAAGAAGAAACAGCAGCCUGACCGGAGGCCACAUGAGGUGUUCGUGGAACUGAACGAGCUGAUGCUGGAUCGCAGCCAGGAGCCGCACUGGCGGGAGACAGCACGCUGGAUCAAGUUUGAGGAGGAUGUGGAGGAGGAGACAGAGCGCUGGGGGAAGCCCCACGUGGCUUCGCUGUCCUUCCGCAGCCUGCUGGAACUCAGGAGGACCAUUGCCCAUGGAGCUGCCCUUUUGGACUUGGAGCAAACCACACUGCCUGGCAUUGCGCACCUGGUGGUGGAGACCAUGAUUGUGUCGGACCAGAUCCGGCCGGAGGACAGGGCCAGUGUAUUGCGCACAUUGCUGCUGAAACACAGCCAUCCCAACGAUGACAAGGACAGUGGCUUUUUCCCCCGAAACCCAUCGAGCUCCAGCGUGAACUCCGUCCUGGGAAACCAUCAUCCAACCCCCAGUCAUGGCCCCGACGGCGCUGUGCCCACCGUUGCUGAUGAUGUGGGCGAGCCAGCCCCGCUCUGGCCUCAUGACCCAGACGCCAGGGAGAAGCCCCUCCACAUGCCUGGGGGAGACGGCCACCGGGGGAAGAGCCUGAAGCUGCUUCAGAAGAUCCCCGAAGAUGCUGAGGCCACCGUUGUGCUCGUGGGCUGUGUGCCUUUCUUGGAGCAGCCAGCGGCUGCCUUUGUGCGGCUGAGUGAGGCUGUGCUCUUGGAGUCAGUGUUGGAGGUCCCUGUGCCAGUGCGCUUCCUGUUCGUCAUGCUGGGACCCAGCCACAUUAGCACCGACUAUCAUGAGCUGGGGCGCUCCAUUGCCACCCUCAUGUCUGACAAGCUGUUUCAUGAGGCUGCCUACCAGGCGGACGACCGGCAGGACCUGCUGAGCGCCAUCAGCGAGUUCCUGGAUGGCAGUAUCGUGAUCCCCCCAUCGGAGGUAGAAGGCCGGGACCUGCUGCGCUCUGUGGCUGCGUUCCAGCGUGAACUGCUGCGCAAGCGGCGGGAGCGUGAGCAGACCAAGGUUGAGAUGACCACGCGGGGCGGCUACCUGGCCCCUGGGAAAGAGCUGGCUUUGGAGAUGGGGGGCUCUGAGGUGGCCCCUGAAGACGACCCCCUCCUGCGGACAGGCUCUGUGUUCGGGGGGCUGAUUCGGGACGUGAAGCGCCGGUACCCGCAGUACCCUAGCGACCUGCGGGACGCCCUACACUCGCAGUGCGUGGCAGCUGUGCUCUUCAUCUACUUCGCUGCACUCAGUCCUGCCAUCACCUUCGGGGGGCUGCUAGGGGAGAAGACAGAAGGGCUGAUGGGCGUGUCAGAGCUGAUCGUGUCCACGGCUGUGCUGGGCGUCCUCUUCUCUCUGCUGGGGGCCCAGCCGCUGCUGGUGGUGGGCUUCUCUGGGCCUCUGCUGGUCUUUGAAGAGGCUUUCUUCAAGUUCUGCCAAGCUCAGGAGCUGGAGUACCUCACUGGCCGUGUGUGGGUCGGCCUCUGGCUGGUGGUCUUCGUGCUGGCCCUGGUGGCCGCAGAGGGCAGCUUCCUGGUGCGCUAUAUCUCGCCGUUCACCCAGGAGAUCUUCGCCUUCCUCAUCUCACUCAUCUUCAUCUAUGAGACCUUCCACAAGCUCUACAAGGUCUUCACAGAGCACCCCCUGCUGCCCUUCUACCCCCCAGAGGGGGCGCUGGAAGGAGUUCCAGAGGCCGGUUUGGAGCUGAACGGGAGUGCCCUGCCGCCUACCGAGGGUCCGCCAGGCCCCCGGAACCAGCCCAACACAGCCCUGCUCUCCCUCAUCCUCAUGCUAGGGACCUUCCUCAUCGCCUUCUUCCUGCGAAAGUUCAGGAACAGCCGCUUCCUGGGUGGCAAGGCGCGCCGCAUCAUUGGAGAUUUUGGCAUCCCCAUCUCCAUCCUCGUGAUGGUCCUGGUGGAUUACUCCAUCACAGACACCUACACUCAGAAGUUGACGGUGCCCACGGGCCUCUCGGUGACCUCGCCUCACAAGCGCACAUGGUUCAUCCCGCCCCUGGGCAGCACCCGGCCCUUCCCACCCUGGAUGAUGGUGGCGGCUGCUGUCCCUGCCCUCCUGGUCCUCAUCCUCAUCUUCAUGGAGACACAAAUCACAGCGCUCAUUGUCAGCCAGAAGGCCCGGAGGCUACUCAAGGGCUCCGGCUUCCACCUUGACUUGCUACUGAUCGGCUCCCUGGGUGGGCUCUGUGGUCUCUUUGGCUUGCCGUGGCUCACCGCCGCCACUGUCCGCUCCGUCACCCAUGUCAACGCGCUCACCGUCAUGCGCACUGCCAUCGCACCGGGCGACAAACCCCAGAUUCAGGAGGUGCGGGAGCAGCGGGUCACCGGGGUGCUCAUCGCCAGCCUCGUGGGCCUGUCCAUCGUCAUGGGGGCGGUGCUGCGUCGCAUCCCGCUGGCUGUCCUCUUUGGCAUUUUCCUGUACAUGGGUGUCACGUCGCUGUCUGGCAUCCAGCUCUCCCAGCGCCUGUUGCUCAUCUUCAUGCCAGCCAAGCACCACCCUGAGCAGCCCUAUGUGACCAAGGUGAAGACGUGGCGGAUGCACCUGUUCACCUGCAUCCAGCUGGCCUGCAUCGUGCUGCUCUGGGUGGUCAAGUCCACGGCGGCCUCCCUUGCCUUCCCCUUCCUGCUGCUGCUCACGGUGCCUCUGAGGCGUUGCCUGUUGCCCCGGCUCUUCCAGGAGAGAGAGCUACAGGCACUGGACUCGGAAGACGCCGAGCCCAACUUCGACGAGGACGGCCAGGACGAGUACAAUGAGCUGCACAUGCCCGUAUGAUGGACACCAGAGCCAAGGGACUCCUCUGCACCCCGAGCUGGGCCUGAAUCCCUGGCUUCCCGCGGGGCUCCUCCUGGGGCUGGCCACAGGCAGCCUCCCC